GUGGCUGGGUGCUAAUCACUCAGCGGUCAGCACUCGAGCAGUUCAGAGCUGCCCCCGAGAGAGAAAACACAAGCCAAACUGAGCCCCCGCACAAAACGAACAAAAAAAAAAGGCCUCGAGGAAAAUUCCGCAGCCAUAGCCCCCGCUUCCCCCGCGCGCAGAUCUUUUCUCCUCGCUCCCCUUCCCCGUCGAUCACGCGCCGGCGAGGAGACCCCCGGAUGGCGAGCUCCGGCGCGGAGGAGGCAGACCCGGGGGAGCGGGAGCGGGAGGAGCACGGCGACCUCCACCACCAGCGCCGCCUCGCGUCCUCGCUGACGGCGCGGUACUCGGACUGGGUGCUGGAGGCGCUGGACGAGCUCCCGGGGAGCUUCCUGCUCACGGACCCGGCCCUGGCGGGCCACCCCAUCGUCUACGCCUCCCGGGGCCUCACCGCGCUCACCGGCUACGCGCGCCGCGAGGUGCUGGGCAGCGGCGCGCGCGUCUUCCAGGGCGCCGCCACCGACCGCGCCGCCGUCGCGGGGGUGCGCGAGGCCGUGCGGGCGCAGCGCGCGCACCAGGUCGCCAUCCUCAACUACCGCCGCGACGGGUCCCCGCACUGGGUGCUGCUGCACCUCGCCCCCGUCUUCCACGCCCGCGACGGGAGCGUGCUCCACUUCCUCGCCGUGCAGGUGCCCAUCGACGACGCCGGGCGGGGGGCGGGGGCGCCGUGCCGCGGCGCGCAGGGGGCGGUCCUCGCCGCGUGCCGCGAGGAGGCCAGGGUGGAUGAUGAUUUCCCGUGCGCGAGCUACUCAGGGAAGGUGUUCGUUGAUAUGGAUAAGAGAGGUCUGGAGGCUGAGAAACCGCGCGUAGCUAGUGAUAGUGAGAAAGAGAAGGCAAUAAGUACGGCUAACAGCAUCGUCGCUGCGCUGAAUCGCUACAGCAAGCUAACUGGUCUAGUGGUCAGCGGGAAGAGAUGUGACUCUGUUGGCAUCCCAGCACUCAGUUCUUCAUUAAACCUUUCUCUCGGUAGAAUCAAACAGAGCUUUGUAUUGACUCACUCCUGCUUGCCUGAUAUGCCAAUAAUUUAUGCUAGCGAUGCUUUUUUAUCAUUAACAGGAUACUCAAGAGAGGAAAUAUUGGGUUGUAAUUGCAGAGUCUUAAACGGUCCAGGUACUAGCUUGGAGGUUAUAGAGGAGAUAAAUCAGCAUAUUUGUUCUGAGCAGGCAUGUACAGUGGAUCUACUAAGUUACAGAAAAGAUGGAAGUUCAUUCCCUGAUCUUCUACAUGUAUCUCCUAUCAGAGAUGCUUCAGGUCGCAUUUCAUAUCUGGGUUCACCUUGACGUGGGUGCAAAGCACGACUUCAAUGGUUUGACCCCUGAGGUAUGGCAGCUUGGAGCUGUUGGUGCGGUGAGAGUUGCAGUGAGAGGCUUGUCGGCAUCAGGUAGCCUGUUGAGACCGUCCCAAUAGCGACUGGAGUCUCCUCGCCAUUUCAUGACAUGUCGACUUGCCAAUGUACAUCGCUGCUGGCUAUUGUAUGUAAAAGUAACUGCUUAGCACAAGAAUGAAAAUGAAUUCAUUUGUAAGGGAAAUUCUUGGUAAAUACAGGAUGAUCUUGUGAUUAUGUAACCAUCAGAAAUGAAGCAAAGGAAUGGAAAUAGAGGCUCCAGAAGUUCUCCGA